UUUUCGGGUUUUUAAUAUGGUCGCCUCGGUUGGCAUAAAUUUGUGAAAUUUCCUCCAAAUAAUAAUGAAUUAAGCGUGUGUGUGCAGUAAAAUCAGUUGAGGCUUUGCGCUAGCGUCGAAAAACAAUGUUAUCUGGGUGAUAAUUGUGUGGAAAGUGUGGUUUUUCGGUAUCCCUCUGCGUAUGUCGACAAUUGAUGGGUUUCACUCAGUGACGGGGUUCAGAAGUGAAUUUUCCCGAUUUUCACCUCUGAAAAAGUGAAUUUUGAGAAGUGAAAAUCGCGAUAUUCACUUCUGUCUGUCCACGGACCUCCGCCGAGGACACCACCGACAACGAUUGCCUCGUCGGGCGAGCAGAGAGCACCUCCUGUGCCCCCUCCGGGAGCCCCAUCACGUGGAAAUCCUCCGGUUUCGCCAAUGGCCGAUCGAGUUGGUGUUGUUGCAUCACGAUCGAGUGGUGGAGCGGCCCUCAAGCAGUCACAUCAGAAUUGCCCGGGGAGUGAUAAGCAGCGACCAUUGAUGAAUAUGCCACCAAAACCUAAUCAGAUAAUAAUACCCAAAACAGUGGUGAUUCGACGGCAGGAAAAUCACGGGUUUGGCUUCACUCUGAGACACUUUAUUGUUUAUCCACCAGAUGCAAAUGACCCAGUGAGAAAUGACCAGUCAACGUUCCAAGUGACGGAGCCCAUGGAUACAGUCUUCGUGAAGGAGGUUCGCGCGAAUGGGCCUGCCCAUGUGGCUGGUCUGCAAACGGGUGAUCGCCUGUUGACUGUGAAUGGAAUUGCAGUUGGCGGAAUGUCUUAUCCACAUGUUGUCUCGAUAAUCCAACAAAUCCCGUCAACACUCACGCUCAAAGUCGUCCCGAAGGAAUGUGACGUCUUGCAGACGUUUUUCAGUGAAACAGCUCAUAAUCCGGAAACAAAUCAGCGUCCUCGAGCAACAAAUGCACACAGUCAUCAGACCGAAGUGUCGUCAUUUUAUCCCAGACAACCAUAUCCAGUCGGAAGCUACGAAUCGCAGAUGUAUUUUCAGACAUAUCAACCACCUGGACAAUUAACAAGUGUGUAUCGAUCUCAUGAACCAUCGGAAGUGGUGUACAAUCCACUGUACAGUGGCGAUGGUGGCAAAACAGCAAAUCGUCGUGAAUCUCAAUUGUCAACCGUAUCCUCAACAACUGUCUCAUCAUAUGAUUCUCAAUUGUCCAACUCCACUACGUCAACGAUUAAAGAGCUCACAGAUAAUGCCAUAAUGAUGCGCCUGAAGAAGACUUUUGAGCAGAAAGAGGAGUUCCUCAGGCGUCCCAACCAGCAACCCCUGUUUCCCUGGGUCUCUCCACCACCUUCACUGGAGGUCAGUGUUCCCAAGGCGUCUGAGAUGAGUGUGAAGCAGAGGGAGUUCUAUGCAAGGCCUAAGAAGAUGCAGAAGCAAAUAUGGCCUCCACAUUCGACUACAAAUUCACCGAAUGCGUCGGGACACUUCGAAGGAGGCCUCGCGGCGUCGGUGGUUGCACAGGAUGACCAUGUAGCGUUGGCUGGAGUGGGCCCUGUUCUGGCAAAAUGUGAUAGACGCCCAUCAAGUGGUCAAUUGAAUCAUUUCAUUCCAAUACAGAACAAUAAGGAGAAUGAAGUGAGCCAUGUGCAGGAUCUCAAGAAGUUGACACGUGAGCAAUUCUUUGCCAGUGACAAUGGUGCUCGCCCAAAGGAAGAGUACAGCCUAGUGUCCCAUCCGGGACUGCAUAUUGUGUCAGAGAGGACGAAGAUGUUCGAAUCAGGACGACCAUUGUCGCCAGAUGGAAAUUUUCUUGACCGCACGCAGUUGUACAAAAGUGAGUUGAGUCGCCUGAACAACAAAGUGGCGAUACCCAAUGUGGCGCACAGAAAGAAGGAGUUCGAGCAGAUUGGCUCGUCUGAGGAACGCGACAGAUCAGUGAGCUUAGAUCAUUCAGAUCUCAGUCGCAGACUCCCGCGAAAUGGCCUGCUGCCAAGUGAUCGCGACUCUGCGUCAUCGCCGUACAGGAGUGUAGAAAGGGUGACGGAUGGUGGUGAUGUGGUCACCAUGAGACCGGCAAAGUGUGCAAUUAGUUUGGAUGACGAGGAGCGGCGCGUGAGACGAAUAUCGUAUUUGAGAGCCACGGCCAAUGAAGGAUCACUCCACAGUGACCAGGUGACGGACACCACGAGCUACUCAUCGAUGCCGUCGGACGUGUUGGAUGACGAUAAGUCACCGUCAUCGCCGUCCACCCGUCGAAGCAGCCAGCGAGUGAGUGAAGAUCUGGGAAUACUCCUCUAUUCAUCCGCUCAGAGGAGAGACUCGAAUUUACUGGACAUUGGUGGUGAAUCUCAUGCAGGGAACCUCCAAGUAAAAAUCACAAUAAUUGAUGGGAAGAAGUCACAUGAUCGGUCGUGGAAGAAUAUCUGGGCAGAGCUGAGAGGCAACAAACUCAAGAUGAUGAUACAACGAGAGGGAAAACCGAAUCAGAAUCUUGGUGUAUUGGAUUUGAAAAAUUUCAAUGUGACCGAUGCCAAUUAUGCGAAGAGGAAGCACGUCUUCAGGCUGAUAUCGGUUCCAUCAACACAAAUCACAACCUUCUCUCCGCUUGGACCCACUGAAUUGCUUCUUCAAUCUGAAAAUAAUUACGAGAUGAAUCUUUGGAGAGAUUUGUUGCAAUCAGUUUGUGUUCCGGAAAUGCUUCUGAAGAAGGAUUGUGUUCUUGGCGAUGUGGGCAGUCAGAUUGCUGAACCGCAGAGUGUGGCCGCUAUUAAGACCAUUCAGACACCGUCAGCGACUAGUGAUGAGAGUUCUGGUGCAAAGAGUGGCUCGACAACGUCGAAGAAAUACUAUUUGGGAUCCAGAUCACCGUCUGGACAGUCUCCAGUGACAAAGAGCCGGAAGACGCCACAGCAAUUGAACAUAACUGUGCCCAGUGCAGCGUCCGGGAGUGGAGGACAGAAGGACUUGAGCGACAAGGAGGGUGGAUCACCGAAACCUAAGACGUGGAAGGGUCUCGUGGCGAGGCAAUUGAGGAAAAUUCAGGGACAACCCACUGCAGGUCAGGGCAGUUAUCCAACCUUCCCAGAAGGAGCGUCGAUUGGUGUACCUCUCUCUCAUUGUGUUCCGUCUGAGGAGAAUGAAUUUGUCCCUUUCCUCGUUGCACGAUGUACGUCAAUUGUUGAGCAAAAAGGCCUCGAUAUUGUUGGUAUUUAUCGUAUACCUGGCAAUACAGCAGCAAUUUCGGCACUAACUGAGCAAGUGAACAGAGGAUUUGAUGAUGCGACUCUGAUGGAUCCAAAAUGGGAAGAUGUCAAUGUUGUCUCCAGCCUCUUGAAGGCAUUUAUCCGUAAUUUGCCUGAACCUCUGCUGCACACUGAAAUUUACCCGAGUUUCAUCAAUGCUGACAAGAAGAGUGGAAGAUUGAGAAUGUCUGAAUUGAAGAAUCUUCUAGAGGCUUUGCCGCCUUAUAGUUAUGAAACAAUGAAGCAUCUCAUUCGACAUCUUCAUCGUGUGAGCCAGAAUUGUAUGGUGAAUUUGAUGGAGCCAAAGAAUUUGGCAAUCAUAUUCGGGCCAUCGAUUGUGCGAUCAUCGAAUGAAACAUUGGAAACUGCAGUAAAGGACAUGAAGCAUCAGUGUCGAAUUGUCGAAUCUCUUGUGACGCACUACGGAUACUUCUUUGAGAAGGAUCCCAUUCCCGAUGUAGCUGAACUCCCCACACCCACGGAGGCCCAUAAGGAAUUGGACGCACCGACAACCAACUUACUACUCGAUAAUGUUGCCAAAAUUGAACCAUUUAAAGAGAAAGAGUAUAGCUCUAGAUUUGUGGCCAGUAUUGUACAAGCAGCGAAUAGAAAAAUAAGAAAAUCUACAACGAGAAAAACAGUUCUUUCCACGGGAACGCCAGAUAAUCUAUCUCUGGAUAGCAACACUUCCACCGAAUCGAAAGACACCGCAUCAGCACUUCAACAUAUAGAAUCAACGAAGGAAUUGGAAAGUUUGAAGCACAGAUUAUCAGAAGACGAUUCAAAUGAUUCCACAUUUGUUGAAAAUGGAUCAAUGUCCUUAAAUACAGUAACAAUUGCCCUGGACAACAAAUUGAAAUCUCUGCGGUGUUCAUUGGACUCGUCCACUCAGGAUAGCAGUGAAGUUGACGCUCCUCUGAGGAGUCAAGCGCUCAGUAUUGGGGACAAUUUGCCGUAUGCUGAUGAGUCUCCGGAGAGAUCUUUGUUGUCGGUGAAGAUGAAGCCUCUGCAGCGCGAGAUGGUGAAGCACAAAGCACCGACAGCGAAGAAGGAUCCGGAGCCAACAGUUGGCAAGUCUGUGGAUGACGAUGUGUCCACGUCGUCAUCAUCAUCAUCAUCGUCAUCGUCUGGAGACACAGACACUUCCACCACGAGCAUCCCCAUUCAUAUUGAUUCUGAGGUGUUGCGCAAGAUGAAUCGCAUUCUGACCAAUUUGGAGAGAAACACCACCAAGAUGAAUCGGUCGCUAUCGCUGAACUACAAGAGCCAGCAGAAGGGUGGCGAGUGUUGCUGUCAUGUGAAUCAUCGGGUGAUCAAUCGUGUGCCACUGACCAAAGAUGAGAAGACUGACAAGAAUAUCAACAAGAAGAGGCACUCGCAGGAGACGAAGGGACACCACAGACGGUAUGACAACCGCUCCAUCAGACGGAGACACACCGUUGGUGGGACACACGAUUACUCACCCAAAUACAUUGAGCGCACAGGGAAUCCUCCCAUGGACAACUACAGCACACCGUGCAGGAACUACGUGAUGCGAAGGAGCAGCUCACCUGAGUAGGGCUGAUUAAUGAUAGGGGGUUCUUCUCGAAAGCAUACAGAAUCUACUAUAUAAGAUAUUCAUCUUUACUACUUCAAAUUACAAACUAGAGAACUUGCAUUUAUACAAGAAUGUAGGUACUCAAUUCAAAUGUAUCAAACUCUCAUUCUUAAUUGAAAAA